UCAUUUUUCUGGUUCGUUUGUAAUACAUGGCCCAUACGAUCUUCAUAACUCAGGCUGAGCAUCACAGUCUAUUCCUAUGCAUUCCUUUUGUCUUAUAGACAGAAUCCCAGAUCCUUGCAUGGGUGGGGGGGAGGGGGCGGAGCACGCCUAUGACCAGCCACCACCUCACCCUCUCUUACUGUUGUUCAGAGACUCCCUAUGUCUCUAGGGUUCUCUAGAAUGUUCCUUCCUUCAAGAAUAUUCUCACUCCCACCUCUUCGGACUCCACCUCUUCAAACAGCCAUCCCCUCAACCACAGUCUAGUCAUGGUCCCCAGAUCGUCCCACAUUUUCUCUCAUUUCUCCUUUGUAAGUGAAGUCAUUACAAUAUUAGCCUUUGAAUGUCCAUACUCUGCCAAGAAGAAUUAUCAAAAUACAGGUGAUGGGUCUCCUGGAUCGAUCACGGAUGUAUUUCUGGUUCAGGCACAAAUACUCGGCAGGUAGUAUGUGAUCAAUAAAUAUUUGUUUAUGGACGAGUCAAAGACCAAAAGUCAAUUCUGUGCGUGGGAGGAAAUAAGCAACUUCUAUUCAGAGGAUCGAGUCAGGACAGGGACCUGGGUCCCAGAGCAGGAUUUCAGAUCCGGUAGAGUGUCCUGGGAGUCAGAAGAGACUCCAGAUAUGGGCUGUGUCUCCAGAGGCCCUGGAGUCCUCCUGAGCCCUCAUCAUGGAAAAAACCAGAGCCAGGCCAGAGAAGGGGCCGGUCCCUGGCUGUGGGUCCCCAGCUGUAAAAACCCGGAAGGGCGGCAGCAGCUCCUGAUUCGCCACAUCCUGUGCGUCUCUGUCCUUCAGGCCCAGGCCUCCUCCAUCUGCAGAGCAGGAGCCCUCAGAGCAGAUGCCAUGACGUCCAUCCUCUCUGCUCUUCUCUGCCUCGGGCUGAGUCUGGGCCCGAGGACCCACGUGAAAGCCAGGACCCUCCCCAAACCCACCCUUUGGGCUGAACCAGGACCUGUGAUCCCCUGGGGAAGCCCCGUGACCAUCUGGUGUCAGGGGACCCUGAAGGCUCAGGAGUACCGGCUGUAUGCAAAUGGCAGUUUUUCGUCCUUGGACACACAGAAAUUGCUGGAGCCUGGAGACAGGGCUCAGUUCCUCAUUAGAGGAAAUUAUACAGAGAGAUAUACCUGUAACUACCUCAGCCCCAUGGGCUGGUCCGGGCACAGUGACCCCCUGGAGCUGGUGGUGACAGGAUUCUACAGCAAACCCAGCCUCUCAGUCCUGCCCAGCCCUGUCGUGACCUCAGGAGGGAACGUGACCCUCCAGUGUGGCUCAGGGCAGGGAUUUGAUGGGUUCAUUCUGACUAAGGAAGGAGAACACAGGCUCGCCUGGUCCCUGGACUCUCAGCCACAGCCCAGUGGGCAGGUGCAAGCCCUGUUUCCUGUGGGCCCCGUGACCUCCAUUCAGAGGUGGACGUUCAGAUGCUAUGGCUGUUACAAGAAGGUGCCCCAGGUGUGGUCACACCCAGGUGACACUCUGGAGCUCCUGGUCUUAGGAGUAGCCCCUGAAUCUGGGAAGCCCUCCCUCCUGAUACAGCAGGGCCCUAUCAUGGCCUCUGGACAGAGCCUGAUCCUCCAGUGUCGCUCUGAUGUCGGCUAUGACAGAUUCGCUCUGCACAAGGAGGGGGGACGGGACCUCCCCCAGAGCCUUGUCCUGCAGCCCCAGGCUGGGCUCUCUCAGGCCCACUUCCCCCUGGGCCCUGUGAGCAGCUCCCACGGGGGCCAGUACCAAAGCUACGGUGGAUACAACCUCUCCUCUGAGUGGUCGGCCCCCAGUGACCCCCUGGACAUCUUGAGCCCCCUGGAGCUCCUGGUCUCAGGUUUUGAAUAA